CGGGCGGCCCCGGCCCGGCCCCGCCCCCGGCCCGCUAGCCCAGCCCGCGCCCGGCCGCGCUCCGGAGCUCAGCGCCAGCCCUCGCCCCCUCGCCGUGCCUCCGCCUGCCCGCCCCCGCCGGCCGAGGCUGGGCUGCGGGAGGCGGCCGGGCGGCCCCGAGCCUCGCCAGGGCGACCCAAACAAAGGCAGCAUCCGGGCUCGGCGGGAGGCAGAGCAUCAUGAGAGACUGGGUCCUCGCUGUCCCCGGCUCCGCUGCUGCUGCCGCUGCCGCCGCCGCCGCCGCCGCCGGGAGAGCUUCGCUGUGAGCGUGGAAAGCAGGGGCGCAGCUGCGGGGCGUGAAUCCGAAAGGUGAGAGCCAGAGCCAGCGAGCCGAGGGGGCGGGCAGGCCACGAAAAAUGUCCUCGGCCGUGGGUCCCCGAGGUCCUCGCCCACCCACGGUGCCUCCCCCUAUGCAAGAGCUGCCCGACCUGAGCCACCUGACCGAAGAGGAAAGGAACAUUAUCAUGGCAGUGAUGGACCGGCAGAAGGAAGAGGAGGAAAAAGAAGAGGCCAUGCUCAAGUGUGUUGUCAGGGACAUGGCGAAGCCUGCUGCCUGCAAAACACCAAGAAAUGCUGAAAGCCAGCCCCAUCAACCACCACUGAACAUUUUCAGAUGUGUCUGUGUUCCCAGAAAGCCAAGCAGCGAAGAGGGAGGCCCAGAAAGAAACUGGAGAUUGCAUCAACAGUUUGAAAGCUAUAAGGAGCAAGUGAGAAAAAUCGGAGAGGAAGCAAGGCGUUACCAGGGCGAGCACAAAGAUGAUGCCCCUACGUGUGGGAUCUGUCAUAAAACAAAGUUUGCUGAUGGAUGCGGCCAUCUCUGCUCCUAUUGCCGCACCAAAUUCUGUGCACGCUGUGGAGGCCGUGUGUCUCUGCGAUCGAACAAUGAGGACAAAGUGGUUAUGUGGGUAUGCAAUUUAUGUCGAAAGCAACAAGAAAUCUUAACGAAAUCUGGAGCAUGGUUCUUUGGAAGUGGCCCUCAGCAGCCCAGUCAAGAUGGGACUCUGAGUGACACGGCUACAGGUGCUGGAUCUGAGGUGCCAAGAGAAAAGAAAGCACGGCUCCAAGAGCGAUCAAGGUCUCAGACGCCCUUGAGUACAGCAGCUGUCUCUUCCCAAGACACUGCUUCCCCUGGUGCACCAUUGGACAGGAACAAAGGGCCUGAGCCCUCACAGCAAGCCUUGGGUCCUGAACAGAAGCAGGCAUCGAGGUCAAGAAGCGAGCCCCCGAGGGAAAGGAAGAAGGCUCCAGGGCUUUCGGAGCAGAAUGGCAAGGGAGGCCCGAAGAUCGAGCGCAAACGUGUCCCCAAGUCUGUGGUGCAACCCGGGGAAGGGACCGCGGAUGAGCGGGAAAGGAAGGAGAGGCGGGAAACCCGCAGACUGGAGAAAGGGCGCUCUCAGGACUACCCGGACCGGCCCGAGAAACGCGAAGAUGGCAGGGUGGCGGAAGACGAGAAGCAGAGGAAGGAGGAGGAGUACCAGACUAGGUACCGCAGCGACCCGAACCUGGCUCGCUACCCGGUGAAGGCGCCGCCGGAGGAACAGCAGAUGCGCAUGCACGCCCGGGUGUCCCGAGCAAGGCACGAGCGGCGCCACAGCGACGUGGCGCUCCCGCACACUGAGGCUGCCGCCGCCGCGCCGGCCGAGGCCACGGUGGGCAAGCGCGCGCCGGCCACCGCAAGGGUCUCUCCCCCGGAGUCCCCGCGCGCACGCGCACCCGCCGCCCAGCCUCCGGCCGAGCACGGGCCGCCGCCGCCGCGGCCAACCCCGGGUCCCGCAGAGCCGCCCGAGCCGCGCGUUCCCGAGCCGCUCCGUAAGCAGGGCCGCCUGGACCCGGGCUCGGCCGUACUCCUGCGCAAGGCCAAGAGAGAGAAGGCAGAGAGCAUGCUGCGGAACGACUCGCUGAGCUCCGAUCAGUCCGAGUCCGUGCGGCCAUCCCCGCCCAAGCCGCACCGGCCCAAGCGGGGAGGCAAGAGGCGACAGAUGUCGGUGAGCAGCUCCGAGGAGGAGGGCGUGUCCACGCCGGAGUACACGAGCUGCGAGGACGUGGAGCUGGAGAGCGAGAGCGUGAGCGAGAAAGGUGACUUGGAUUAUUACUGGUUGGAUCCUGCCACGUGGCACAGUAGGGAAACGUCGCCUAUUAGUUCGCAUCCUGUAACGUGGCAGCCAUCUAAAGAGGGAGACCGAUUAAUUGGCCGUGUUAUUCUUAACAAAAGAACAACCAUGCCCAAAGAAUCAGGUGCAUUAUUGGGUCUGAAGGUCGUUGGAGGAAAAAUGACGGACUUAGGGCGCCUUGGUGCUUUCAUCACCAAAGUAAAGAAGGGUAGCCUGGCAGAUGUCGUUGGACACCUAAGAGCAGGGGAUGAAGUUCUAGAGUGGAAUGGUAAACCCCUGCCGGGAGCAACAAACGAAGAAGUUUACAACAUUAUUUUAGAAUCAAAAUCAGAACCUCAAGUUGAAAUUAUUGUUUCAAGGCCUAUUGGCGACAUUCCCAGGAUCCCCGAGAGUUCCCAUCCUCCUCUGGAGUCCAGUUCAAGUUCCUUUGAAUCUCAGAAGAUGGAAAGGCCUUCCAUUUCUGUUAUUUCUCCAACUAGCCCCGGAGCUCUGAAAGAUGCCCCACAAGUCUUACCAGGGCAACUCUCAGUGAAACUGUGGUAUGACAAAGUGGGGCAUCAACUGAUUGUAAAUGUUCUACAGGCAACAGAUCUACCCCCUAGAGUAGAUGGGCGUCCCAGGAAUCCCUAUGUAAAAAUGUAUUUUCUUCCAGAUAGAAGCGACAAAAGUAAAAGGAGAACCAAAACGGUAAAGAAACUUCUAGAGCCAAAAUGGAAUCAAACAUUUGUCUACUCACACGUACAUCGUAGAGAUUUUCGAGAGCGAAUGUUAGAAAUUACCGUGUGGGACCAGCCGAGAGUACAGGACGAAGAGAGUGAAUUUCUCGGAGAGAUCCUCAUAGAGUUGGAAACGGCGCUUUUAGAUGAUGAACCCCAUUGGUAUAAACUCCAGACACAUGAUGAAUCUUCACUACCUCUGCCUCAGCCAUCACCGUUCAUGCCCAGGCGGCAUAUUCAUGCAGAAAGCUCCAGCAAAAAGCUACAAAGAUCUCAGCGAAUCAGUGAUAGUGACAUCUCAGAUUAUGAGGUUGAUGAUGGUAUUGGCGUAGUGCCUCCAGUGGGUUAUAGAGCUAGUGCUAGAGAGAGUAAAGCAACCACGUUAACAGUGCCAGAGCAGCAAAGAACUACGCAUCACCGCUCACGUUCCGUGUCUCCUCAUCGUGGCGAUGAUCAGGGAAGGCCUCGCUCACGUUUACCAAAUGUGCCAUUACAGAGGAGCUUAGAUGAAAUUCAUCCAACACGAAGGUCACGUUCUCCAACCCGACACCAUGAUGCCUCCCGAAGCCCGGCCGAUCACAGAUCCAGACAUGUGGAAAGUCAGUAUUCAUCAGAGCCAGACAGUGAGCUUCUCAUGCUGCCCAGAGCAAAACGAGGACGAAGUGCAGAAUGCCUACACAUGACCAGUGAACUGCAGCCCUCUCUUGACAGGGCUAGGAGUGCUAGUACCAACUGCUUGAGACCAGAUACUAGUUUGCAUUCACCAGAACGAGAAAGGCACUCCAGAAAGUCUGAAAGAUCUAGCAUCCAAAAACAGUCUAGGAAAGGCACAGCCUCUGAUGCAGACAGAACGCACCGACAAGGAAGCCCGACCCAGUCUCCUCCAGCUGACACAUCCUUCGGCAGUCGCCGCGGAAGACAGCUCCCACAGGUGCCAGUCCGAAGCGGCAGUAUAGAACAAGCAAGCUUAGUAGUGGAGGAGCGAACGAGACAGAUGAAAAUGAAGGUACACCGAUUUAAGCAGACAACAGGGUCUGGGUCUAGUCAAGAACUUGACCACGAGCAAUACUCCAAGUACAACAUACAUAAAGAUCAGUACAGAAGCUGUGAUAACGCGUCUGCCAAGUCAUCAGAUAGUGAUGUCAGUGAUGUGUCCGCCAUUUCCAGAGCCAGCAGUACCUCACGCCUCAGCAGCACAAGCUUUAUGUCAGAGCAGUCUGAGCGCCCCAGGGGUAGGAUCAGUUCAUUUACCCCCAAAAUGCAAGGCAGACGGAUGGGGACCUCAGGAAGAGCCAUCAUCAAGAGCACCAGUGUAAGUGGAGAGAUAUAUACACUGGAACAUAAUGACGGGAGCCAGUCGGACACGGCCGUGGGUACCGUCGGAGCCGGUGGAAAGAAGCGGAGGUCCAGCCUGAGUGCCAAAGUGGUAGCCAUUGUGUCUCGGAGAAGCAGAAGCACAUCGCAACUCAGCCAGACAGAGUCGGGCCACAAGAAGUUAAAAAGCACCAUCCAGCGGAGUACGGAAACAGGAAUGGCGGCUGAAAUGCGGAAGAUGGUGAGACAGCCAAGCCGGGAGUCCACGGAUGGCAGCAUCAACAGUUACAGCUCGGAAGGAAACUUAAUAUUUCCUGGAGUUCGAGUAGGACCUGACAGUCAAUUCAGUGAUUUCCUUGAUGGAUUGGGGCCAGCCCAGCUUGUUGGCCGUCAAACCCUUGCCACACCAGCCAUGGGCGAUAUCCAAAUCGGGAUGGAGGAUAAGAAGGGUCAGUUGGAGGUUGAGGUUAUCAGAGCCCGGAGCCUUACACAAAAACCUGGCUCCAAAUCGACACCCGCUCCCUAUGUGAAAGUAUAUCUUUUGGAAAAUGGAGCCUGUAUUGCCAAAAAGAAGACAAGAAUUGCACGGAAAACUCUCGAUCCUUUGUAUCAGCAGUCCCUGGUUUUUGAUGAAAGUCCACAGGGUAAAGUUCUUCAGGUGAUUGUCUGGGGUGACUAUGGAAGAAUGGACCAUAAAUGCUUUAUGGGUGUGGCUCAAAUCUUGUUGGAAGAACUUGAUCUGUCCAGCAUGGUGAUUGGAUGGUAUAAAUUGUUCCCUCCGUCCUCACUGGUGGAUCCCACACUCACUCCCCUGACCCGCCGGGCUUCCCAAUCAUCUCUGGAAAGUUCGUCUGGGCCUCCCUGCAUCCGGUCAUAGUAAACUCCUAUCCUUCCAGCCAAACUCUACGUUUCAGGAUAAUUAUCAGAACCAGAUAUUUCAUGAUCAAGAGCAUUGUUGGAGACAGACAAUCAACUUGUGUUUUGCCUGUAGUAGUUUUUCGAUAAUGUGUCCCAAUUGUUGUUUAAAACAUGGCUUCGUAUGACAGAACAAGGCAGUCAAUCAAAUGGCAGUAAGAAUCGACAUGCUAGUGAGAGCCACUGACACUUCUUACAAAUAGAAAAAAGAAAAAAAAAAAGGAAACCUCAAGUCCACACACACACCAAAUUGAACAAACUGGAAACUCUCACUCUGUGAAAAGGUGUACUUCACACGAUUCUGCACAGACCACAUGCAGUGUUGUUUCCCUGGUGUUUGAGACUCUUUAGUUCUUCUGUGCGCUUUUGUUGUUUGCUGUUUGUUGUUUGCUGGGUUUUUUCCCCAUUGUCUGUCUUUCUCUGUCUUCACUGUAUUUGUUCUUUCCACUAGUUUCUUUUUUUUUUUGUCUUUGUCUUUCUUUGCUUUGUCAUAACAGGAUUAGUGGCGUUCACAGAGACCCUUCCUUUCUUUUUCCAAACAUACCAAAAAGGGCUGAAGCAGUCUCUGUAGCAUUUUCCCAAAAGUUUUCAAAAUCUGGGCGAGGCGAAGCCAGGGAAAGUUAUCACAGUCAGCCAGUUUACAGUUCUUCCAAGUCUUGUAUGUGGAAUUUCCCACCUACUCCCCCCACAAUA